AUGAAAUUGAAAUUAUCAGAACCUAUUUUGGCGUUAGUGAAAUAUAAAAAUAUUAAGUUCUAUCGACUUGAUUUAAGUGACUUUUCAAAGCAUACAAUAGCGGAAAAUUGGGUGACAAGUGGAAAGCUUUUCAAUACAAGCUUUCUCAUGAACAAUGUUUCAAAUUUCCUGAGACUUUUAUUGCUAUGGAAGUACAGUGGCACUUACUUUGAUCUUGAUGUCAUUUCUCAAGUGUCACUUGAAUCUAUUCGAGUUAAGAACUUUGUUUGUGCAGAAACUAAAAAAUCUGAUAUUCCCAAUGUUAUAAACAAUGCAAUAUUCCAUUUGGAGUCAUCAGAUGUAGCUCAUAAGUUUACCGAGAAUCUACUAACCGAAUUUAUGAACAAUUAUAAAGGAAAUAUCUGGGGAAAGAACGGACCAUUUCUUGUUACGAAAGUGGCUAGAAAUAUGUGCGAAUUUCCAGAAAAAACUAUUGAAAAAUCCUUCAACUGUUCAGACAUCACAGUUCUUUCACAACCAAAUUGUUACGAGAUUGGAUACGAAAACGAGGAUUAUAAUAAAUUGUUUUCAGAAGACAUUGAAAUUAUCAGAAAUACUCUUGAAAGACUUAAAACAUCAUAUUUUGUUCACUAUUUUCAUCAUGCAACUAAAGGAAAUCCUUUGAAAGCUGAUUCAAAUGCGGCUUUUAUUGCAAUUGCAAAAGAAUUUUGCCCAACUGUGUUGAAUCAUUCAACGAUUGAUUUUUGA